AUGGUCAAACCGGCAGGAGACGGUGUGUCCCUUCUCUACACUUCUAUCAUCCUGUUAACCUUUAGCUGGGUUGUUUUCGCUGCCCGGGUAGGAGUGCGAGUAUGGAGGAAAGCUUUAGGACUAGAUGACUAUCUGAUGUUAUUCGGUCUGCUGCUAUACACUGUGACAGCUAGUCUAUGCAUUGUCUGUUGUUUCUAUGGCUCCGGACAACUGUCUGCAGCCAUACCUGCUGCUGAAAGGAUGAAAGGAACGAAGCUAUUUUUCAUCGCCGAAUUCUUCUACUCCUCCGGCGCAGCAGCCAUAAAAUGCAGCAUUGCUGUUACUCUUCUGCGCAUUGCAGGCUCGCGAUCAAUUGCUACAUGGACUAUUGGAGGUGUCAUGUUUGCUAGUAUUGCAGCCGCCAUCAUAUUCAUGGCUGGUGUUGCCAACAUCUGUCAUCCGAUCACGACCUUGUGGGGUGAAACUACGAACGGGACAUGCAAUCUCCAGCUCAACAGCGACGUCAGCUUCUUCUUCUCUGCUGUUGAGAUUGUGACUGAUUUCUCCUUGGCGAUUUUACCUGCGAUCUUAUUGUGGAAUAUUCAGAUGAAAAGGAAGGUCAAGUUUUCGGUCAUGGUCAUUCUGGGAAUGGCUGCUUUUGCGAGCUGCGCAACCAUCGUUCGGCUCCGUUAUCUAAGUCUCUACAGUAACCCGGCCGAAUUCAUGUUCAGUACCGGGUCAAUUGGUCUCUGGUCCGUCAUUGAAGAAGGCAUCGGUAUCAUUGCAGGCUCUCUCCCAGCCCUUCGUCCUCUGCUCUCUCUUCCAAUAUUCAGCCGUUCCUCCGCAGGCGGAAGCAAUGGCACCCCAUACAACGCUCCUUAUGCCAACGGCCACAACGCGAGGCGUUCUAGAAGUGGACAUCAUCCAUUAGGCUCGGGUGUCAAGAUGGACACACUUCAGCGAAUCCAGUCUGUUGACGCCGACGGGGAUAGGGAAAGUCAGAGGCAUAUUUUGAAAGAGACAGAAGUUGCCGUCACAUCAAAAAUACGAUCUACUACGCCCGGUGCUUGGGAGAGAAGCCAAGUGUUGGGAUUCAAGUCUCAAAGCUAA